ACAUUAUACUUUACACUCAAAUAUUGAGCAUAAUCAUAAUUUUUCUCAACAAUAGCCGGCUAUAUAAUUCUCUCAAUUAUUUUCAAUUCAAUCAACUGAUUUUAAUCAUUCGCAAUACUUUCAUAAUCUGCGUUUCUGUCAUUGUCUAUUUUUAAAUAUAAAUUAUAAACACUUGUAGUAUAGAUUCAUAAAAUCCUUUGAAAACAAAUUGGUGGUUGUAAAAAAGAUUUUGUUGUUAUUUUUGAAACUUUUCAGGAUGCUCAACUACACUUACCUCUGGAGUGAACUUUAAAAUGGAUAUCGAUGAAACUCCAGAAAAUUCUGUAGACACCGAUAGAAUGGGCGAUGAUAUACCAACUGUUGAGUACAAUAAGAAGAGCAUUGAGGCAAUGGGAAGAGAUGAACUUGUUACGUUUCUUGACGGCAUUGAUAACCGUGUCGAAGCUCUUCGAAAAGAAGCUAUGAAACUGCAAGAAGAACGUGACAUAUUAUUGACACGAAUUGAUAUGCUCAAAAACACUGAUGUCCUGUCAAAUCUCAAGGAAGCCGAUCAAGAAGAAAUAAAUCUACAUUUACAGAGAAUCAAUGAACGAUUGCAAACUGUUGACAUUAAUGUCCAAACUGUUCGUGACCAUUCUCAAAUUGAUUCUCUUAAUGUUAUUAAUCACCUCAUAGAUGAAAUUAUCAAGUUUGGCGAUCCAAUUGUUAAAAGAAAAAAAUGUCAAGAAUAUUUGAACGCAUGCAGCUCUAAUGAUUUCCAAUACACUAUGAGUUUCUCAAGUAUUGAAUCUACUACAGUCACAUUCAUUGAUAAAAAGUUUGAAGGACAUCUUUUGGGCUGCACUCUCGAUGAUCAAAAGCGGAUCAAGAAACGCUUAGAAGCCCUUCUUAAUUACAUGGCACAACAAAUCAUUAUGUAUGAUUAACUUCAAUUUAUACAUUAUGAUUUAUAAUCAAUUUUUUGUCAAUCUUCUAUCACAUAUUUACUAAAAGUCUGAAGUUAAAAUAUUUAAA